GAGCUCCGGCGAAGCAUUGAUGCAUCCAGCCAACCACCCCCACCGAUUCUAAAGCGCGUAGGACCGAACCGCAAAAAGAACUGGAUCUUGUACGAAUCAGAGAACUCGAUGGAAUUUCUGAUCUGGUGGGCCAAAACGGAAUACGGACAAGUGCUGAAUAAGUCGCAUUAUGCUGAAGUUUGGAGACGCUUCGACCAAGUUGCCGACAUCUUGACUGAUCGACCCAAGGUGAUUUGCAGGACUUAUUUGACUUUGCUAGACCACCCGCAAUAUAAGAAGCACGGGACAAGCGCAAUGGGAAAACACCAGAAAUCCAAGUCUUAUCGACAGGGCCAGAAAAGAACCUACUGUCAGACACUCGCAACAAACUCCAUUCAGAAAGCUUUCCUAGGGGCUUCGUCCAAUUGCAAGAAAUUCACUACAUUACAGCUUGAAGAAAGGUUACUGAAGACAAUAGCUAUUUUACGAUUAUCUUUCCAGACUAUUGAAAAUCCCGAGUUCCAAGCCCUGCUCAAUUUGGUUCACUCUGGCCCAGGAGAAUUAGAAAUUCCUUCGGCAAAGACUCUGCGACGUCGCUUACAUGACUCUGUUGCAGCCCAAUAA